AUGCCGGGCGUGGAGUUCGACGAUCCCAACCUGCGCAACCUGGUGGAAGAGGUUUCGUUGAAAGAGGUUCGCGUUUUUAACCCGGGGAUGGAGACUAACAUCAUCGCCUUCGACUGCGGCAUGAAGGCUAACAUCAUCCGAUACUUCGUUACGGAGCAGAAGGUGACGUUCACCGUGGUGCCCUUCGACUACGACCUCGAGGCUAACCCCAACAACGUCGAGUACCACGGGGUGUUCAUCAGCAACGGCCCCGGCGACCCCACGAUGUGCACUUCCACCAUCAAGUCCCUGAAGUGGCUCAUGAAGAAGGCGGCGGACGGGGAGAAGCCGGUGCCGAUCUUCGGCAUCUGCCUGGGUAACCAGCUGCUAGCCCUCGCCGCUGGGGCAAAGACUUUCAAGAUGAAGUUCGGAAACCGAGGGAUGAACCAGCCGUGCAUCGACAUGAGGACGGCGAAGUGCUACAUCACCCCUCAAAACCACGGGUUCGCCGUUGACCCGAGCACGCUCCCCGAUGGGUGGAAGACCCUGUUCAGCAACGCCAACGACAACACGAACGAGGGGGUGAUCCACCAGACCGAGCCGUGGUCGUCCGUGCAGUUUCACCCCGAGGCUGCCGGCGGGCCCAUGGACACCGCUUUCCUCUUCGAGGGCUUUAUCAACGCCGUGAAGGGAUACGCGCCCAAGCUGGCCCUUCUGGAGCCGCAUAUCUUCGAGAUGAGGAACAUCAAGAAGGUGCUCAUGCUGGGGUCGGGGGGGCUCAGCAUCGGUCAGGCGGGGGAGUUCGACUACAGCGGAUCUCAGGCGAUCAAGGCCUUGAAGGAGGAGGGCAUCGAGGUGGUGCUCGUCAACCCUAACAUCGCCACGGUGCAGACGUCCAAGAACCUGGGUGGGGCGUCUCCCGACAGGACCUACUUCCUGCCGGUCACCCCCGAGAUCGUGGAAAGCGUGAUCAUAAAGGAGAAGCCGGAUGGCGUGCUGGUAUCCAUGGGGGGACAGACGGCGCUUAACUGCGGUGUCGAGCUGCACAACGCCGGGAUUUUCGAGAAGCACAACGUCCGUGUGCUGGGGACCCAGAUCCCGGUGAUCAUGGCGACAGAGGACAGGGACGUGUUCGCUCAGAAGCUUCGGGAGAUCAACGAGAACCUCGCUCAGAGCAUCUGCGCCAGCACCAUGGAUGAGGCGCUCGCCGCCGCUGAGAAGAUUGGCUACCCCGUGCUCAUCCGAGCGGCGUACGCCCUGGGGGGACUGGGGUCGGGUUUCGCUGAGAACGAGGCGGAGUUCAGGCUGCAGGCCAGCAAAGGCUUCGCCUACUCGGACCAGCUCAUCGUCGACCAGGACCUUCGUGGGUGGAAGGAGGUGGAGUACGAGGUGGUCAGGGACAACAGGGACAACUGUAUCACCGUCUGUAACAUGGAGAAUUUCGACCCCCUAGGCGUGCACACCGGCGACUCUAUCGUCAUCGCUCCGAGCCAGACCCUCUCCAACAGGGAGUACUUUCAGCUCCGUCGGACUGCCUUGAAGGUGGUGCGGCACCUGGGCGUGGUGGGAGAGUGCAACAUCCAGUACGCCCUUAACCCAGACAGCGAGGAGUACUGCAUCAUCGAGGUGAACGCUCGACUGAGUCGAUCGUCGGCCCUCGCCUCUAAGGCCACCGGCUACCCCCUGGCCUACGUGGCCGCAAAGCUCGCUCUCGGGAUCGACCUCGUCUCCAUCCGGAACAGCGUCACCAAGUCCACGACAGCUUGCUUCGAGCCGUCCCUGGACUACUGCGUGGUGAAGAUGCCGCGGUGGGACCUGAAGAAGUUCGCCAAGGUGUCGACCAAUCUCGGCAGCGCCAUGACCAGCGUGGGAGAGGUGAUGUCUAUCGGCCGGACGUUCGAGGAGGCCAUCCAGAAGGCCGUCAGGAUGGUGAAUCCCGACCUGGAUGGGCUGGAGGGUAAGUGGGACAAGGACUCCACCGCCUCCGAGAACGACCAGCUCAAGAUCCCAACCGACUCCAGGCUGUACGCCGUCAUGGCGGCCCUGGAAGAGGGACGUACCGUGGACGAUGUGCACAAUCUCACCAGGAUCGACCGCUUCUUCCUCUCCAAGCUUAAGAACAUCGCAACGAUGAAGAAGGUGGCGAUGGCCACCGGCACGCUCGAGGGCUUCGGGCGACAGGGACUGCUGGCCCUCAAGACCUCCGGCUUCAGCGACCGCCAGAUCGCACGCUACACGAGCACUUCCGAGCACCAGGUUCGCCGCAAGAGGCAGGCAGCUGGAGUCCGUCCGUACGUGAAACAGGUGGACACCCUUGCGGCCGAGUUCCCCGCCAGCACCAACUACCUCUACAUGACCUACGGAGGCAACGAGCACGACAUCGAGAAGGAGGAGAUGGGCAUCAUGGUGCUCGGGUGCGGGGCCUACUGCAUCGGCUCCAGCGUAGAGUUCGACUGGUGCGCCGUCAGCUGCGUGAGGCAGAUGCGCUCCAUGGGAUACAAGGCCAUCGUCGUCAAUUACAACCCAGAAACGGUGAGCACCGACUACGACGAGUCUGACCGUCUAUACUUCGAGGAGCUGUCGUUCGAGAGGGUUCUGGACAUCUACGAGUGGGAGAUGGCGGAGGGAGUGGUGGUCAGCGUGGGAGGACAGAUCCCGAACAACCUCGCCAUGCCUUUGAGCCAGGCUGGCGUGAACAUCCUGGGCACGAGGCCCGAGGACAUCGACCGCGCAGAGGACCGCGACAAGUUCAGCGCCAUGCUGGACUCCAUCGGGGUGGACCAGCCGAAGUGGGCACUGCUGAGCACCCCCAAGGAAGCGCUGUCUUUCUCCGACCGUGUGGGUUUCCCAGUGUUGGUUCGACCUUCAUUCGUCCUCUCCGGUGCCGCCAUGGCCGUCGCGAGCAACCACACCGAGCUCGAGAAAUUCCUCUCGGCCGCAGGGGACGCGGCUCAGGACAAGCCGGUGGUGGUGAGCAAGUUCAUCUUGAACGCCAAGGAAAUCGAGUUCGACGGAGUCGCCCAAGACGGAAGAAUCCUCAACUACGCCAUCAGCGAGCACGUCGAGAACGCCGGCGUCCACUCGGGAGACGCCACCCUUCUCCUGCCCGCCCAGAAGCUUUGGGUCGAGACCAUCCGGAGGGUCAAGAGAGUGGCCUCAGCCAUCUGCAAGGCCCUCAACAUCUCCGGCCCUUUCAACAUCCAGCUCAUGGCAAAGGAGCAAGACAUCAAGGUGAUCGAGUGCAACCUCCGGGCCUCGCGAACGUUCCCGUUCAUCUCCAAGACCCUGGACUGCAACUUCAUCACCCUGGCCACCCGAGUCAUGCUCGGGGUGAAGGCUGUCCCGUACACUAUCAGCCUCUUGGACAUCGACUACGUCGCCGUUAAGGCACCGAUGUUCAGCUUCACGCGGCUUAGGGGUGCAGACCCUACCCUCGGCGUCGAGAUGUCCUCCACGGGGGAGGUGGCCGCGUUCGGUCGGGAUACGAACGACGCCUUCAUCCAGGCGUUGGUAGCCACCGGCUUCAAGCUGCCCAGCGUCAAGAACGAGAUCCUUGUGUCCUUCGCUGUGGACUCGAUGAGGGCGGAGUUCUUGCCGUGGGCCAAGGAGUUUGUGAGGAUGGGAUUCACGUUCGUGGGGACCCCGGGAACUGCAGACUACUUCUGCAACCACGGGGUGGACACGAAGACGCUGGCGAAACCGCCAAAGUGCAAGGGGGCGGGCGACGGCACCGCCACCGCUCUCGACGGCAGCUCGCUGCCCGAUGUGGUGGAGUACAUCAAGGAUGGCAAGGUUGACUUGGUGAUCAACAUCCCCGAGGGGACCAAGAAGACGGAGGAGAUCAGCGCCGGCUACCUCAUCCGGCGCUCCGCGGUGGACUUCGGGGUCUCCCUCAUUACCAACGUCAAGUGCGCCGCCCUGCUCGCCGACAGCCUCGUAAGACGCGCCGCGAAGGACAAGGGGCCGCUGGUCCCGGUGUGCAUCGAGGAGUACUACGGAGCGGGCAAGACGGCGUAA